GGGAAGCUACAUUUAUUUGUUUCCGGCCAGAUAUUGAAAUGGCACCGUUGAAUAUGAAUCGUUUUGUGAUGUUUCUUUUAUUCGGAAUUUUAUGCACAGUAAUUGCUGAUGAUGUGCCAUGCAGGAAACUAGGAGGAACAUGUCAAGAAAACAUCUUGUCUUGUAAUGGACAGUACCAAAGAGCUCUCUGUGAUGGCAGAACCACAAGACAAUGCUGUUUAUCUUCCCCAGAGAGCUGUAGCAGCUUAGCCAAAAUGAUUGCUUGCAAAAUAAAGGCCACGCAAAAAAUAAAAUUGUUGACAAUAAAUCCUUCAGGGGUCGACGAUGGCGCUGAUGCGUACCAUAACAUACAAGAUGCUUGUAACGGGAAGCCAUCGAAACGAUCAAAUUACACAUGCAGUGAAGGAAAAUCACCAGGUGGAGUUGUUUGCCUAAAACCUAGCAUUCUUCGGUAUAUUUAUGAUCUUGGAGCAUCUACUAAGUACAAUUUUCAGGUAAACGCCAUUGCUGGCGCUUGUCAUUCAACUACGUCGAAACAUUAUUUGGGAGAAGCAGUGGAUCUUGAACUGGACAAGGGAUCUACCCGGAAGGCACAGGAGAAAUCCUUUAUGGACGCUUGUGAAGCUUACGGGGGUUGGUCACACGGAGGAACUCACGUUCAUUGUCAGAUAGUUUCACCUUAAAAACUGUUUCUGACAGGAACAGACAUGUUUUAGAAAUCUUUCUCUUUCAUUACAAUCAUUUUGAGCCUGAUUUUGGUUGUCGUGAAUGAGCCUGAUUCUGGUUGUCGUCAAUCAGUUUCACUUAAAGGGAAACUUAAUCUACUUUUCUUCAUAGAAAAAAAAAUAAACUGUACAAAUAUAUAUCUAAAACUGAAAAGAAAUUAUUCGGUAAAUAUGACCUAUUGUAUAAAACUGUUUUCAUGGUUUUACUUUUGCAUAACAUAUAAUCGUGUAACCUAUCGAAUCCUAUUCUAAAUAUAUUAUUA